GCAUUUCUGAACAUGUAAGGUUUUCUCAGAUACCCUGUUUAUUUGAGUACAGCCAUGGCAACGUUUUAAAAAGUAGAGGUUAAAUAAAUAAACAGCAGACUUAAAAAUAACUUUAAAACAUGGACAUUUGAUUGUGUCUUGGUUCAAAAUUUGCACGACACUUCCUUUUUUGUUGGGCUGCAGAAGUAAAAUUGCAGAGAAUAACAUUAGCAGAAAUACCUGAUUCAUUCAGAUCUAAUUAUAGUUGCCUCUUAUGAGGGUUUGUAAUUACAGAACGUCAUUAAUCUGGCCCAAAAAUAUAAGAGGGAAAAAACCGCAAUGACGUCACGGCGGUGUUGCCGGUCGGCCUGUUUGUGGCCAUCUGGGGUGAUUGUUUCUGUCAGUGAGAUUGUCCAAUCUGCGGCUUCAUUUCGGCUCCGUCUACGUGAGAUUUCUGAGCCCCUAGUUGGAUCGGGGGAACUGUGGCUCAAUCUAAGUCCAAAUUCUGAAUCGGGAACGUCAAACUCUUCAGACGAAGCCGAGGCUUGAAAACACCAAUUCAUGUCGUCAUUUAGUUGGUAAGGUGUCGCUGUGGACAGCCAAUAGCGAACAGUCCUCUGCGCGUGCGCCAAUGCUCCAUAAAGUUUAACAGCCGACUCCGAGUCGUAGAUGCACAAGGUAUCCUCGCCACGUUAGGUUGAUAUUGGAAUCAUCCCACACGGCCAAUGCAACUAUGAAGUCCCUCCUCGUAUAUAAGGACAGAGUGGUUGCUGUUUGCAGAACUCAUGCACAUGCACUCGAAUGCACUCGAACGCACUCGAAUGCAGUUAAAACCAUUUCGCCACAGCUUAAUUUUUAACAAACGACACAGCGCCCGGCCGUCCUACGUCUAACGUUAAGCACCAACAUCCACAAAUUCCUUUGCGGACCGAACGUAAACAGGAUGUCUGAUGAAGACCCGUCUCCGGUUUGGUUCAAUGUCUUAAGAUGUAUUCUUCUCACAAUAACAACCAUCCUCAUCAUCUGUGGUAACUCCUUCUGCCUCAUUGUUCUCCGUCGUGUGAAUGGCAUCCACGAGGUUACCCGGUUGUUCAUGGCCUCUCUGGCCGUCUCGGAUCUCAUAACUGGCUUGUUUGUGGCCUCACCCAUGAUCGUCUCCACGGCAAUGGAUCGGUGGCCCUACGGUGAUGUUUUCUGCGGCAUCUACGGCGUGGGCAAGUACGUGUGUUACUACACGGGGCUCAUCUCGUUGAUCGCUGUCACCGUGGAGCGAUACAUCGUGGUGGUGAGCCCCUUGCGCUAUAACACCAUUGUGACCCUCUUCCGCGCACGGGUGGCCGUAGCCUGCAUAUGGCUAUUCGCCUUUGCCAUCACCAUGUUCUUCGGGGUGAGCGUGCACUUCAUUGGCGAUGUCGACGACGAUGAAGACAACUGCAGUUUGGACACGAGCAAGGGAGAUUUCUGGCACUAUCCGCUCAAGUACAUGGCUGUUGCCUUCAUCAUCCUACCGGUUGUGACGGUUCUGGUGCUUUACUCCCAUAUCCUUCUGAUUGCCCGCCGUCAGAUCCGCCAGAUUGCGGCCAUCACCCCUCUCGGUCCGAUGUCCGACGAGGAGCGAGCAAGCAUGAAGACCCGCAAGGCAAACCGUCGUGCAGCCGGCACCUUCCUGAUCGUCACUAUGACGUUCGCAAUGGCUUGGAUGCCCUCGGCCGUGCGCAAACUCAACAAGCUGGCCACGGGUAACGGGGACACCAUGUACACGGAAUUCCUGGCCCGUUUCUGCAUGCUGUCCAACAGCUGGCUCAAUGUGUUCGUCUAUUACGUCCGCAAUGACUCCUUCAAAUACACCGCUAGACGCUACAUUGCCGCCCUCAUUGGUCGCAGAGGUUCUGACGACAUUGAAAUAAGUUACUAGGCCUAAACAUUAGAAGGGUUAGAAAGAUGAGGAUAUACUACAGUGUAUGUACAAUUGAAUUGAAUUCUCUCCGUCCAAAAUAAUGACUUUGAACUCACUUCCUGUAGGCCAACACGUUCCUCGGGAAAUGGAGUAGGACCUAUAGCUGCAAACUUACCGCCCCAUUAACCGUGACAUUGACAUAUCCUGUUAACAAAACGGCGCUCACCAUGACGUCAUCAAUGUGCGAUACUGGAUCCCUGCGAUGAACUCAAAUGAAUCAGUGAUAGUUUUGAACUAGACGAAAUAUCAAGUGCAUCGGCAUAUCCUAACGCUGCAACUCUGACAAUAAAAUAGUCUGGAGAAGAGACUAGCAGAUUGAACUCAUUAAUUGGCAGAUAAUGAUGUUACGACAUCUUUCCUCAGAAAAUUAUACUUCUUGAGGACGUUUGAAGUACGAAGAUGUUAAUCUUUCUUUUUCUGAAAGAUUAGAAAAAUGUACUUUUAAUAACAGUAUAAUGAUAAUGAUAAUGUUAGUAGAACAAUGUAAUUGACUUCAAACUCGAAUUUAAAGUCAAAUGAAUUAGUCGUAUCCGCAUUACUUGGUUAGGGCUGGAAAUUACACACGCGGCUAUGGAAGCGGCUACAGCCACUCCACAUAGACACGCGUGUUAUUUUAAGCCGCAGCCAAGUAAUUCGGACACGGUUUUAUAUGAUAGGUUCACGUACAUUCCCGAUUUUUGAGCCGAGUCGCCGCGAUUAGCAAUUCUUGAGUAAAUCGGGGAAUGGUUCUUGCCUGCCUCUGGAUGAUUGUGUUAGUUCGGUGAAAGAUCGUUAAAGAUCGGGAAACGCCCCGACAAUUUUGGACAUGCUCAAAAUUGUCGGGGUGAUUCGGGAACCAGUUUCUUGGUUUAUUGUUGUUGUAUUCAUAAAUAAUUCUUACAAAAUAUUCUUACAACAUUCUUUCAAGUUUCGUAGAGUUAUUUGUGGUGGUAACAAUCCAGAAUCGUGCCGAAUCAUUUCGAAUGUAUCAAGAAAUGACGAAUAUUAUACGAAUAAGUUACGAAUAUACUAAAUAGGCAUAAUUCUGGGUCAUUUCUCGAUGAUUCUUGAGUUAUGUUAUUCUUGACAAGAUCGCUACAAUUCGGUUUUAUUCUGCAUAAAAUCGCAAUCAGUCAGCUUAGUUCGGUCUGAUUCGGCUUCCAAUUCGUACCUAGUUCUUGAUUACUUUUGUUUCAUUCUUAAUAGGCCGAGGGCCAAAGCAACGUGCAAUCUCGCGUUAACUUUUGAGUGGCAACUUCAUUCCUCAGUUAUAAGCAGUUUGGAACAUGUUAAUUGAUAUUUUACAAAGUGCACGCCACAUCGUUUGCAUUAAUUAGAAAUAAAGGGUAAAUGAAAAUAUAAAUUAAAGUAGUGCUCACCAGUUAUUGCUUUGUCAAAUUUUCGGACACUUGUCCUUCUUCAGGGCGUAGCAAGGUUGCAAUGAGGAACGCGGAGAACUCGACGUUGAUAAUAUUAAUAAAGGGAACAGUUUCCCCAAUGCAACUAUACCACAUGAGGGCGAUCACGAUGAUUCGCUGCCAUUAUGUACCAGCCUCGACUCAAUGGAUGCAUGCGCGUUCCUCCA